AUGUAUCUCUCAACCAUCCUCCCCCUCCUCUCUCUCACCUCGCUCGCCCUCUCAACCCCAACAAUCCACGAAAAUCACCGGGGCCCAAGAGGCAUCCCCUACGGCGCCUUCGCCUCCUCCUCAAGCAGCGGCCUCUUGAUCCCAAGCAGCACGCCAACACCCGUGCACAGGAAACUGGGCCAUGCGAUAGUGCACAACAACUGUGAAUUCCCAGUCUAUCUCUGGUCCGUAGGCUCCAAAGUCCUACCGGAAGAAACACUCCUCCCCGACGACGAGUACAGCGAGGUCUUCCGCGAGAACCCAGACACUGGCGGCAUUGCGAUCAAGAUCAGCACGGACCGUGACGGGCUGUAUGAUAGUGCUCCGCAGAUGAUCUUUGCGUACAACCUUUCUUCUACACGGGAGCGCGGCGAGAGGCAGGAUAAAGUGUGGUAUGAUCUCUCUGAUGUCUUUGGGGAUCCGUUUGUUGGUUAUCCUGUGAGCCUUACGCCUUCUGAGCCGUUGAUUUCUUGGAAGGAUGGGGUUCCGCCGGCUGGGAGUCAGGUGAGGGAUGUUGAUGCUUCGACGGAUUUGGUCUUGUCGCUUUGUUGA